ACUAUACUUUUGGGAAUCACAAAGUUCAUGCGAUCAGCCAAACCCCAGCUCCUCUGGUAACCCUCCAGAUGCAGUCAACCCCCAACACCUCCCCACCGUCUCUUCCCUCUCCCGAUGCGUCCUGCCAAACCCCAGUAUCUCUACUAAUCUUCCAGAUCCAGACAACCGCCCCUCCCCACAGUCUCUUCCCUCUCCGAAUGUGAUUAAUAUUACUUCCGCUCCCGCUGCCAGAGGGAUGGAAGUCGGUUGAUAAGAACAGGGGUCUGGAUCCCCAGAGAGAGAGAGAGAGUGAUCCAUCUGUGCUCGCUUCUAUUUACUCGUUUUGCACCCUCGGCCUUGUUUCUCGUAUUCGCGUGCUUCCUUAUUUCUGAUUAAUUUGAUCAGCUUCCUUUUCGUUUUGCUGCGCUGGUAGAUUUUCUCGCUCACUAUCCCUGCUUUUCUUCAGCUGCCUGCAUCCUCCUCAAGUGUAGCUCCUCGUUUGUUGGCAGAAAGAAAACCAGCUUUUUCUUUCGCCGCAAGAAUCUCAACUUUUGCUUUCUUCAUAUAUCUCAAGUUUUCGGUGUCAGAAUGUGCUUCUCUCUUGUUGGAUUCGUGGGUUCUUUCUUUCUUCUUUCGAGUCGCAGGAAAUCUGAAACAUAUCGUUCCAAGCCAGGAGCGAGCCCAAGUCAGUGCAGAGGAGGGAAGAAGUUAAGAUUCGGUUUGUUUCUUCCGGUCGGGAGGAAGAUGGAGAGGGUAUGCAUUCCCAGGUGCAACUUCACCAGAAUUAUGGCCCUUCUACAGAUCAUCCUAGGCAUCUUCGUCAUCCUAAUCAGCAUUGCCAGCCUCCACCGCUUUUACUCCGUGGGCUACUUACUCCACAGCACUGAUGGAGAGUCCUGUCAGAAAUUCCACACCAUCAACGAUGGCUACUCUGACUUCGACCUCAAGGCCCUUAAUGAUCGGAUGGAGGAGGUCCUUAUCCGGCUCUCAGAGCUUCAGGACAAACUUGAAUCCACCAUUCAAAAGCUGGACAAGGAGAGCAAAGGCCGAUCUGCAGCUAAAACCAUCUCUCGGACUGAGUUCAGGAUGUUCCUGGAAGAGGAGGUGAUCCAGCCGCUUUACAGUGCCCAUGUCGCGCUCAGGCUUAUUCGCAUUCCCCAGCCGGAUGCUGUUCGAGCUCCUGGGUCCCCGAUGGAGGACCCUCUGAUAAAUUUCUUCACGGUGGAGGAGACACGCAAGUACAUCACGGGAAAGGGCAAUCGGAACGGGAAAGCGAGCGUAUUUGGCACGAAUAAGACCUACAACACGAUCGGCCAUGCUUGCGUCCUGAUGAGAAACGAGCUGGAGGAGUACAUGAAUUAUGACAUCGGCUCUUAUUGCAGGGACGACUGGAAUCUAGCGCAGAAGCUGAUGUUGGGUGGCUGCGACCCCCUCCCCCGGAGACGGUGCUUGGCUCGAGCAUCGAGACUCUAUCAGAGGCCGCUUCCGAUUAACGAAUCCCUGUGGACAAUGCCAGAUGACCGCAACGUGAGGUGGAGUAACUACAACUGCCGGGACUUCAAGUGUUUAUCGAGCAGGAAUCCGAGAAGGGGCUUCUCCAAGUGCACUGGAUGCUUCGAGCUCCACAAGGAGAAGCUGAAGUGGGUCACCAACACCUCGCUCGCAGACUUCCUCAUUGGUGAUGUCCUUGCGGUGAAGCCAGGGGAGAUCAGGAUCGGACUCGACAUCAGUAUCGGAACAGGGAGUUUUGCAGCGAGGAUGCGGGAGCGGAACGUAACCAUCGUGUCCGCUUCCUUGAAUGUGGGCGCGCCAUUCAGUGAGAUGAUUGCACUUAGGGGUUUAAUCCCCCUGUACGCAACACUUAAUCAGCGGCUGCCUUUCUUCGACAACACGCUGGAUUUGAUACAUACCAACGUCUUUCUUGAUGGGUGGAUCGACCUCCAGUUGUUGGACUUCGUGUUGUUCGACUGGGAUCGGGUGCUGAGACCGGGAGGCCUGUUGUGGGUGGACAAGUUCUUCUGCAACAGGAAGGAUCUGGAUGACUACAUGUACAUGUUCCUGCAGUUCAGGUACAAGAAACACAAGUGGGUGGUUUCCUUCAAGUCCAAGGACGACGUGUAUCUCUCUGCCUUGUUAGAAAAGCCACCCAGGUCAUUGUGAUCUUUAUCAAACAGGUGGCUUCUCGAGUAGCAGACAUUAAACGCCCUGUUUCCCGGAUGAUGCAGCUGAACGGAAGUUCCGAUCUCUGAUCUCUUAUCCGCUUGAGUAGUACCUCAAACACACGAUCGUCGUGUUAGCAUUAACAGCCUUUGUAAGCUUUGUUGCAUCCAUAAUAGACUUUACCAUCGUUUCUCUAA